AUGUACGGCUCACGCAAUGUCGAUAUGGGCAAGCAGGAGUCGGAGCUUGCCAUCAACAUCCGCAAAGCUACCAGUAUAGAUGAGACCGCUCCGAAGCGGAAGCACGUCCGUGCUGCCAUUGUCUACACAUGGGACCACAAGAACUCCGACUCGUUCUGGGCAGGCAUGAAAGUGCAACCUAUACUGGCCGAUGAAGUCCAGACCUUCAAGGCCCUCAUUACCAUACACAAGGUGCUCCAGGAGGGCCACCCCGUAGUUCUCAAGCAGGCGCAGGCACACAUUGGCUUCCUCGAGAGCCUUCAGCGCGGUGUCUCCGGCGGCGAGGGCAUCAGAGGAUACGCCCCGCUGAUUUCGGAGUACGUCUACUACCUCAUGGCCAAGCUGGCCUUUCACAGACAGCACCCUGAGUUCAACGGCACCUUCGAGUACGAGGAGUACAUUAGCUUGAAGUCCAUCAACGACCCUAACGAGGGCUACGAGACCAUCUCCGAUUUAAUGACCCUGCAGGACCAGAUCGACUCCUUCCAGAAGCUCAUCUUCUCUCACUUCCGUAGCGGCUCGAACAACGAGUGCCGCAUCUCUGCUCUGGUGCCGCUUGUGCAGGAGAGCUACGGUAUCUACAAGUUUAUCACCAGCAUGCUCCGCGCAAUGCACACCACUCUUGGCGACGACGAGGCGCUAGCUCCCCUGCGUGGCCGCUAUGACGCUCAGCACUACCGUCUCGUCAAAUUUUACUAUGAAUGCUCCAAUCUCAGAUACCUCACUAGCUUGAUCACAGUACCCAAGCUUCCUCAGGAUCCGCCCAAUCUUUUGUCGGAAGAUGAGGAUCGCCCCGCCCUGCCCGCCAGACCUAAGAACGACGACACUCCCAAGCGCGCUGCCUCCGUGGACCCCGAGCCCAUCAAUGAAUUCUGGAAGAACGAGCAGAAGCGACAGCAGGAGGAAUACGAGGCCGAGCAGAGGAGAUUGGCUCAGCAGUGGGAAGAGGCUCAGCGCCGUCAACAGGAAGACCAGAUGCGUGCUCAACGGGAGUUCGAGGAACAGCAGAGACUUGCCGCUGAGCAGGCGAGGUUAGCUCAGGAGCAGCUGGCGCGCGAUCAGUUCGCCCAGCAGACUCAGGGACGCAUGGCCGAGUUGGAGAGGGAGAACCUUGCUGCUCGCAACCAGUACCAGCAGGACCAGCUGCUGUUGCAACAGUACGACGCCCGCGUGAAGGCCUUGGAGGGAGAACUUCAAUCCAUCCAAGGUAACUUCGCCCAGCAGUCCCAGUCCAAGGAUGAUCAGAUCCGCGCUCUGCAAGAGCAGCUCAACACUUGGCGUAGCAAGUACGAGGCCCUUGCCAAGCUCUACUCCCAGCUGCGUCAUGAGCACUUGGAACUCCUUCAGAAGUUCAAGUCGGUACAGCUCAAGGCUGCCUCCGCUCAGGAGGCCAUCGAUCAGCGCGAGAAGCUCCAGCGCGAGCUGAAGACCAAGAACCUCGAGCUGGCUGAUAUGAUUCGCGAGCGUGACCGUGCCCUUCACGAGAAGGAUAGGACGAGUGGCGGUCACAAGGAUGAGGUUGAGAAACUGCAACGUGAGCUGCGCCUGGCUCUGGAUAGAGCCGACCAGUCGGACCGCAACAAGGGCUCUGAGCUGUCUGCAAUGCUCUCGAGGCACAACCGUGAGAUUGCGGAUCUCGAGGAGGCACUCCGCAACAAGAACCGCCAGCUUGAAGAUCUGCAGUUGAGGUUCCGCGAGGGAGACUCUGAGCUUGAGCGUCAGCUGCGCGAGAAGGAAGAUGAGCUCGAGAUCUUCAAGGCAGGAAUGGACCAGACACUGCUGGAGCUUAACGAACUUAAGAUGAACCAACAGGUGUCGAACACCGCUAGCGACGAGGUCUUCGACACGGUUAUCCUUGAUAACCUCAGGAAGAUUAGCGAAAUAAUAGACUCCGUCCUCCAGAGCGGAGUGCAGCGCGUUGACGAUGCUCUGUACGAGCUCGACUCUUCGAUGCAAGCGGGUAACCAGAGCGCUUCUGGUGCUUAUGUCCUGUCUCAGAUCGAGAAGGCGGCUUCCUGCGCCAUGGAGUUCUCGACGGCCUACAACAACUUCAUCGCAGACGGUCCGAACAGCACACACGCCGAGAUUAUUCGCACUGUCAACGCUUUCUCCGGUUCGAUUGCCGACGUGCUGAGCAACACCAAGGGUCUCACGAGAUUCGCAUCGGACGAGAAGAAGAGCGACCAGCUCAUUGCUGCUGCACGUCACUCUGCUGAAUCGACGGUCAGCUUCUUCCGCUCGCUACAGUCCUUCCGCCUGGAAGGUAUGGAGGAUCUGCAGAAGACCGAUGUGGUUCUGAACUGCAACAGCGAGGUCCAGCUGAAUCUGCAGAAGCUCUCGAAGCUUGCAGAUGCCUUCGCACCGAAGACCAAGAUCUCUGCCAACGGAGGCGAUUUGGGCGACCUCGUCGACCGCGAGAUGGCCAAUGCUGCAAACGCCAUUCUCGCUGCCACGGAACGCCUCAGCAAGCUCAAGGAGAGGUCGCGCGACUCGUACUCGACGUACGAGCUUAGAAUCCACGACGCGAUCCUCGGUGCUGCCAUCGAAGUCACCAACGCCAUUGCCCGUCUCAUUAAGGCGGCCACCGAGUCGCAGCAGGAAAUUGUGCGCGAGGGUAAGGGUACUUCUUCCCGGACGGCGUUCUACAAGAAGAACAACCGUUGGACUGAAGGUCUCAUCUCGGCUGCCAAGGCCGUGGCUAACUCGACGAACUUGCUCAUUGAGACGGCCGAUGGUGUCAUCUCGGGACGUAACAGCCCUGAGCAGCUGAUUGUUGCAUCAAACGAUGUGGCGGCAUCGACGGCGCAGCUUGUCGCAGCCUCCCGUGUCAAGGCCAGCUUCAUGUCUAAGACGCAAGACCGCUUGGAGGCUGCCAGUAAGGCAGUCACCAUGGCAUGCCGUGCACUUGUGCGCCAGGUUCAAGACAUCAUCAAUGAGCGCAACCGCGACGGCGAUGAUGCCGUGGACUACAGCAAGCUGUCGGGCCACGAGUUCAAGGUUAGGGAAAUGGAACAACAGGUCGAGAUUCUGCAGCUCGAGAACGCUCUCUCAGCAGCUAGGCACCGCCUCGGUGAGAUGCGUAAGCUGUCUUACCAGGAGGAGUAG